AGAGAAGGAACCCGUUCGUUACGCCAACCUCAUGUAUGACAGGAGAGUGGUGCGCGGCAACACCUAUGCCCUCCGCGUCAUACCUGCGAGUACCCAGCCCAAUCCUCUUGAGAUUCAAAGGCAGAGGGAGGCACGGAAAAGAGCUCUGGCUAGAAAGCACGCGAAAGAGCAAAUGCAGCCAAGAACACCUGAGCCCGUGGAAGGCAGAGAGCACAUUCAUGUGCAGACAGAACUGUAUUUGGAAGAGAUUAGUGACCGGAUAAUAGAGGUUGAUACAGAGUGUCAAACAGAUGCGUUUUUGGACAGGCCACCCACUCCGCUCUUCAUACCAGCCAAAACAGGAAAAGAUGUGGCCACGCAAAUAGAAGAAGGAGAGUUGUUUGACUUUGAUGUCGAAGUCAAGCCGAUCCUGGAAGUGUUGGUUGGGAAAACAGUUGAGCAAGCUUUGCUGGAAGUCAUGGAGGAAGAAGAGCUGGCCCAGUUGUGGGCACAUCAGCGUGCCUACGCAGAGCUGCGUAACGCGGAGCUUGCGGAAGUACAGCGCCUGGAAGAGCAGGACAGGCGAUACAGAGAGGAGAAGGAACGUCGCAAACUCCAGCACAUGCAAAUGCUGCAGAAACAGAAAGAGACCACAGAGAAAAUUGCAGCUCGGGCAUUCGCUCAGCGUUACUUGGCUGAUCUCAUUCCCUCGGUCUUCAACAAUCUUCGCGAGAGUGGAUUUUUUUAUGACCCUAUAGAAAGAGAUAUUGAGACAGAAUUCUUUCCGUGGCUUAUGACAGAAGUGGAAGAAACACUAGAGAGGAAGGCUCUGGGGAGGACAAUCCUUGACUCCUUGAUUUGUACAGUGGUUGAAAAACGCUUAGAUGCAUUUAGCCAUAAACCUCUGUCUGAUCAGAUAGAGGCACCUGCUGAAGAGCCCAGGACAACAGAUGCAGCACCCCAGGUGACUGGUGAGAUGGACACUGCUGACCAACUGGUCGCAGAGAAAGAAGAGACUGGCCAGGCUGUUGCUGAGGAACAGCCUUCACGUCACAUCACUUUCCAGUUAGAAGAAUCGGAUCAAGCAGGAACAGAGGAUUUGGAAACUGAGUAA